UUAUUUUUUCUUGUCUUGUUUUAUAUACCUAUUUUUAAAGCUCAAUAUACAUUUUGCAUGGUAGAGAGGGAGUGAGACGCAUCACGCAUGUUACAAAUUAGAAUAAGACGUCUUUCUACUAAAAAGUAAUGCAUCAUCAAUGUUGUCAAAACUAACAAAAUUCAAAUGUCAAAAUAAUCAAUUUGUUAGGAAGACAAUUUAGUUCUAGUUUACUGUAUUUUUAGUGGACAAUCAAAUCAUGUAAAGGAAAAAAUAUUUUUUUCAUUCUAACAUUUAAGCAAGUCAUCUAUAAUGGAUGAUAAUGAUAUGUUUUUGGUUAUUGUGGGCGACGAGACGGAAGAAUUGCAAAUUCCAUCGCAGAUACAAAUAAAAGAAGAAUGUAUAGAAUUGGACGAAAAUCUUCCAGUAGAAGAAUUAAUAGAGAAGGCUGAAAAACACGGUCAAUAUAUUAAGAUUGGAAUUGAACCGAAACCUGAAUUUGAGAGUUUUGACGGCAAUAAAUCUCAGUUCACGCAUUACUUAAACACAAUUAAGGAAGAAAAACCAGACUAUUCAGAAUCAGAUCAAAUUGGUUCCGACAAUGAAUACUCAUCAGAAGAGGAAAUCAAAGAAAAGAAAGCAAUUAAAACAAAAAGGGCAUCUAUGCAUGAUCUUGAUGAACAUGAGUCUUAUGUAGAUGACAUUGAAGAUCAUAAAUCCAGACAAAGGAGCUUAAAAAAGAAGCAAACAAAAGCAUUUCAAAACCGUAAACGCAGUUCCAUGCUCCGUCCUGAUAAACAAAAGUCAUUUGUUGAGGAAUUGAGAAAACGGAAUCCUGAGUUAAGGAGUAACACCACAUUGUUGGUGAAGACAUUGUGUGACAUAAUGAGGAAUGUGAAAUAUCCACCAUUGCCAAAACAUUACUUUGUUCAGCAAGAUAUAACUUACAAUUGUCCCCAAUGUGGUCACAAGUCGGAAACAUUACCAGCAGCUGCCCGUCAUUAUCGAGAGAAACAUGGUCCACGAUACCUAGUGUGUUAUGCCUGUGGAGUUGAUUUUAGGAGUACGACAAACCUAUAUAAGCAUGAGAAGCGGUGCAUAUCUCGGGACCAGCGCAUAGUGCUUAUGGCUCGCGCGGCCAUUCUAGGCAACAAGGGCCGCGGCAGACCCUACGUCAAGCACAUCACCAAACCGUUUCAAUGCAAUGAGUGUUCAGCGGAAUUCCGGUCGAAGUGUACCCUGAUGUCGCACAUCAGUUUACACCGCGGGGAGAGGCAGUUCCAGUGUCAUGAGUGUCCCGCCGCUUACACCUCCUAUUCGGCAUUAGCUAGGCACGUGAAGAAACACACGGACAUAGAGUAUAUCUGCGACCAUUGUCAGAAAUCGUUCAAGGUGAAGGUGGCACUGGUCGCUCACAUGGACACUCAUCGAGCGGUGCGUAAGUUCGGUUGUGACCUGUGCGAGCGUCGGUUCGCGCAGAAGCAAGCGCUGCAGCUGCACGUGGACAGGGUGCACAGGAACCUGCCGCCGCCUCACGCGUGCCAGAUAUGUCCCAAGAGGUAUCCACGUAUGUCGCUGCUCAAAACUCAUAUGAAAAACGAACAUGGACUUACCAUAAUGACGCCAAAGAUGUUCUAUAAGAAAUUGCCAACGUUAACCAAAGCAGAGAUGGAGCAGACCGCAAAAAUAGUGUUCAAAACCGACUCACAGCUCAAUAAGUUAUCACAGAUGUUAGGCAAAGAUGAAGUGAAUUCGCUGGACAAUGCAAUGGAAGAAUCGGGGCAGAAUGAAGAUAAUUUUAUCCUACCAAAUAAUGUUAGUGUGGAAGAUAUUAUAGAAUAUUACAAACAAAAGGCCGAAUGUGAAGGGAAUGUGGACAGCCUAAAAACUUUAAUUGUUAAAAAUGGUGAGGUUUACGAAAUACAUUAUGGAAGUGAACAAUGAUGGAUGUUGUAGUGAGUGUGUGACCUGUUAAUAAAAGAAAUGAGUAAUUUUUUCACCUCAUGGAACAAUACAAGGUGAAAAUGAGUGCACUAAUUGAGCCUGACACCUUUUUGUGAAUUGUGAUACUUCAUUUAAGUUAAUUCUAAAAAAUAUAGUUUGUGAAUUGAUGUAAUGCUUCAAUAAGCAUCAUGUUUAAUAUGUUUUCAACAUGUAUCAAACAUUAAUUUCCAUUAAAAAGUAUUGUUGUACAGGCAUACCAUACUAUAAUAAGAAUAUUAAAUAUA